CGCGUUACUCACCCGUCCGCCACUGGAAACACCACUUCCCGUCCGACUUGCAUGUGUAAAGCAUGCCGCCAGCGUUCAUCCUGAGCCAGGAUCAAACUCUCCAUGAGAUUCCUAGUUGCAUUACUUAUAGCUUCCUUGCUCGUAGACAAAGCUGAUUCGGAAUUUUAUUUCAUUUCAAGGCAUCUUGUAUCCUUGUGUUUCAUAUUCGCCAGGAGUUGCCUCCCAGAAAUAUAAUAUAGUCCUAUCACCACUCGCGUCAAUCCCACAAGCCUCUUAUCCACUCUUGAUUCUCAUUGGAUCUCGUCAUCAAAAUAGAAAAAUUCACAUUGGGUUUAGGGAUAAUCAGGUUCGAACUGAUGACUUCCACCAUGUCAAGGUGACACUCUACCACUGAGUUAUACCCCUUGCCUUGCCCCCCUAAAACAGACGAAUCCUAUCCUAAGUCAAAAGGUCGAGAAACUCAACGCCAAUAUAUCUUAAACAACUUGAAUUCUGGACUUCUUUUCACACUCUGAAAAUAAUGGGAAAAAGUCAAUUCAAUUGUCAACUGCUCCUAUGGUAAAUAGGAUUGACUACGGAUUUGAGCAAUAGCACAUUAUCUCAAAAAACGUUUUUUAGAAACACAUACAAGAUUCGUCACCACAAAAAGGAUAAUGGUAAUCCCACCGUUAACUACUUCAAUUCCUACCAAGACAGAAUUUGUAACUUGCUAUACUCUUGCCUAGCAGGCAAUUACCGACAUGAAAAGGAUGAUUCAUUCGGAUCGAUAUGAGAGUCCCCAACCGCAUUGCAUUGCCAGAACCCGUGUUCUAUAUUGGAAAGAGGUUGACCUCCUUGCUUUUGUCAUGUUACAAUCCUCUUGCCACCUUUCUCCUCGGUCCACAGCGACAAAAUGUAGGACUGGUGCCAACAGUUCAUCACGAAAGAAAGGAGUCACUGAACCGAGAUCACUAACUAAUAGAAAAUAUAGAAAUAUAAAAUAGUAUAUAGAAUAAAGAACUGUCUUUGCUGUAUAACCUCUCUGGUUCCGUUGUUACCGCACGUUUUACACAAUUGAUCGGAUCAUAUAGAUAUCUUUUCAACAUAGGUCAUCGAAAGGAUCUCGAAGACCCACCAAAGCACGAAAGCCGGGAUCUUUCAGAAAAUAGAUUCCUAUUCAAAGUGUGCAUAACCGCAUGGAUAAGCUCACACUAACCCGUCAAUUUGAGAUCCAAUUUUAGAUCUACCUAUGUUUGGUAAAAAGAAUAAAAAAGGAAAGUGUUCAAUUGGAACAUUAAAUUGUGACUGAAUUGAUUCUAGUUAUUUUUCGGGACGGGGUAGAGAUUCUCGAACGAGAAAAAGGAUCCAAUGACUUGGAAAGAAUUGAACGAGGAGCCGUAUGCGGUGAAAAUCUCAUGUACGGUUCUGUAGAGUGGCAGUAAGGAUGACUUAUCUGUCAACUUUUCCACUAUUACCCCUAAAAAACCAAACUCUGCCUUACGUAAAGUUGCCAGAGUACGCUUAACCUCUGGAUUUGAAAUCACUGCUUAUAUACCCGGUAUUGGCCAUAAUUUACAAGAACAUUCUGUAGUCUUAGUAAGAGGGGGAAGGGUUAAGGAUUUACCCGGUGUGAGAUAUCACAUUGUUCGAGGAACCCUAGAUGCUGUCGGAGUAAAGGAUCGUCAACAAGGGCGUUCUAAAUAUGGGGCGAAAAAGCCAAAAUAAAUUAUUUAAGCUCCUAUAAGUUAUAAAAAAAUGGAUUAACCCUUUCACGCUCAUGUCACGGCGAGGUACUGCAGAAAAAAAAACCGCAAAAUCCGAUCCAAUUUAUCGUAAUCGAUUAGUUAACAUGUUGGUUAACCGUAUUAUGAAACACGGAAAAAAAUCAUUGGCUUAUCAAAUUAUCUAUCGAGCUAUGAAAAGGAUUCAACAAAAGACAGAAACAAAUCCACUAUCUGUUUUACGUCAAGCAAUACGUAGAGUAACUCCCGAUAUAGCAGUAAAAGCAAGACGCGUAAGCGGAUCUACUCAUCAAGUUCCGACUGAAAUAGGAUCCACACAAGGAAAAGCACUUGCUAUUCGUUGGUUAUUAGGGGCAGCCCGAAAACGUCCGGGUCGAAAUAUGGCUUUCAAAUUAAGUUCUGAAUUAGUGGAUGCUGCCAAAGGAAGUGGCGAUGCCGUACGCAAAAAGGAAGAGACUCAUAGAAUGGCGGAAGCAAAUAGAGCUUUUGCACAUUUUCGUUAAUCUAUGAAGAGACAGGUAUCUAGGAUCUAUAUAGAUGUGUGUUUAUAUAGACACAUCUAUAUAGACACAUAGACCUAUGGAUCCAUACAUACUCGCAAAAGAAUCAAUAGAAAAAGAAUCGGAAUUGAUCGAUAUAUCUCUCGAAAGGAAAGGCGAAACAUAAAUCAUGGAUCAACUAAGUCUUUUCGAGGGAUUGUUUAAGAAUAAACAAAGAAAAAUCUUAUAUAAAUACCAUGGAAUAAGGUUUGGUCCUAUUCCUGUCAUGGGGAUUCUCUAAAUAUCCCAUUCCAAAAAUA